UGGAUUCCAGGAAUGAACGGCAUCCGGUUACGGGAUCUCCCACACAACUUUAUGACCACAAAUCCAAAUGACAUCUUCUGGAAUUACUGCUUGGAAGUAAUGAGAAGGGUUGAUAAAGCUUCAGCAGUUGUUCUUCAUACUUUUGAUGCAUUGGAGCAAGAUGUUUUGGAUGCUCUCUCAUCCAUACUUCCACUUGUUUAUGCAAUUGGCCCACUCCAAUUACUUCUCAAUCAGAUACCCGAGAACCCUUUGAAUGCCAUGGGAUAUAGCCUAUGGAAAGAAGAAACUCAGAGCCUCAAAUGGCUAGAUUCUAAGGCCCCAAAUUCAGUUGUUUAUGUGAGUUUUGGCAGCUCAGCUGUCAUAACACCCGAACAGCUCGUUGAGUUUGGUUGGGGACUAGCUAAUAGCAAGCUUCCAUUCUUUUGGGUAAUUAGACCUGAUCUCGUUGUUGGCGAGUCGGCAAUUUUGCCGCCUGAGUUUGUGGAUGAAACUAAGGAAAGAGGUCUAAUAGCAAGUUGGUGUCCACAAGAGCAAGUCCUUAAGCAUUCAUCAGUUGGAGGGUUUUUGACACAUUGCGGUUGGAGUUCAACCAUUGAGAGUCUAUGUGCAGGUGUACCUAUGCUGUGCUGGCCAUGCUCUACUGACCAGCCAACAAACUGUUACUAUGCUUGUAAUGAAUGGGAUAUUGGAAUGGAGAUUGGUAAAGAUGUCAAGAGAGAGCAAGUGGAGAAGCUUGUUAUAGAGCUAAUGGAGGGAGAGAAAGGUAAGCAAAUGAAAAACAAGGUCAUGCAGUGGAUGAAACUAGCAGAAGAAGCCACUAGUCCACAUGGUUCUUCAUCCUUAGACUUGGACAAUUUUGUGAAUCAAGUGCUAUUAAGAAAAGAGAUAUUUAGGGGCAAAUCUAUGCCUCAAGAUGCCAUGCUUAUCAUUAUCUAA